AUGGAACUCGUUUGGGCAUGGAAUCACCCAGAGAGAUCAGAAGGUCAUGCUCAUAUUUGGUUCUGUGUUUAUACAGUAAUCGGAAUAAGCGGGUUUCUUGCAAACCUCUUGGUGCUCAUUGUAUUCAAACACCUCAAGUUAUCUUCAACUGACCGAAACAAAGUGACUACUACGUUGAUAAUCCAUCAAUCCAUUAUUGACCUGAUUUCAAGUAUAGUAUUUCUUCCCUUUUACACAAUUCCCGAGGGGUGGCUGAUCCUGGACGAUUGGGCAGGCAGCAUAUUUUGCAAAUGUCGGUCAAUAUUCUGGAUUUUGGCGGGAUCUUCCACUGGCAAUAUAGUUUUAAUCGCCAUCGAACGAUACUUUGCGAUCGUACAUCCAAUCAAACAUUACGUACAUUUUAGGAAAGGAACUGUUUUGAAGAUUUUGCCACAUGUGUACAUAUACGGAAUCGUAAGCUGUGUACAUUUAGCGUUUAUUGCUGACCUGAACGAAUUCUACUAUUGUGAAUAUUACUGGAAUAAAAUCCAAAUUCAGAAACUUGGCGGGAUUCACGCUCUCUUAUUUAUGUAUAUACUUCCAACUGUUAUUAUUGUAUUCGCUUACGGAAAAAUUGUUUACAAACUGUAUGUAAAAAGACUCCGGGGGCCUAGAUGUUUUAACAAUCGACGAGAUGAAAACCAGAGAAAUAUCAUUGUUACGUUCAUUAUUGUUUCAAUUGCGUACAUGGUGUGCUGGACUCCGGAUAUGAUUCUUUAUUUUGUAUAUAACUUAACGGGGGGUGAGAAGCCGCCAAAUAUGAGCAGUGGUAAUUUGCAUCGUUCAACCGUGUUGCUGUCCGUCAGUAAUGUGGUAGUUAACCCCUUCAUCUACGCAUUAAAAUACAAACUAUUCAGAAAAGGAUUAAUCAAAAUUUUUAGAAAACAAGACGGUUAAAUCCAAAAAAAGAAGGUUUUAUUAGAAAUAAACCAGAGCAAGAGCGCAGACCUGUUUUGAAAGGUUGGGCGAAGGGGGAAGGGACAUUCCAUAAGACCACACCCAGGGGUUAAUUUUUUUUGGAGGGGGUGGGGGCGCCUGCGACGCGCUCCAACCCCCGAUAUCACAAACAUUUUUUUUUCUUUUUGGGAUAAUUGUUUUAUAGAUACUCAAUUCCUUAGAAAGGUGAUCAUACGAUUCCAACUAGCCUGGUGUGCGACGGAGUAUAGUAUAGUAGG